GUUUGUUCGCCGGAGCGCGGCUAAGCGUUGGUUCUUUUGAUGUUACCGUCGUCGAGCAUGUCACGUUAUGGCUGGCCGCAGCUUUUACAGCCAGUUUAGGCCCGAGCUAGGUCAAGACAACGGGCAACGAUGGCCACCGCCGCCUGAGCAGUUUCAAUCGUCCACGGAGAUCCGCCUGUGGCUGCCGCAGAUCCAGAAGGAAAUUGAAGUCUGCCUUCAGCGAUCUCGGGACUCGGCCCAGCCGACCUACCAAGUGGCCGACUUUCAGCGGCGAGCAAGCGAACUGCAGGACUACUACCAGGCGUACGAGAGCAGGCUGAGGGAGCUCAACGGGAGCGAGGCAUCGUCAUUGUCCGACUCUCUCCCUGUCACAGUCACACACCAUGUGUCCGUCACUCCUGUCGCAGAGGAACCCAAGGAGCCAGAUGACGGGACGAGCCGCUCUUCGCCGCUGAGUGAUGUCUCCUGUGAAAGUAUCUGCAGCCAGCUUGCUUCUAUUUGUAGCAGCUUUGAGACCGAGUCGUGCAAUGACUAACGAGCAUCUACUGGACAUGCUGGUGCAAGUUGGGCAUUCUAUGAAGAGAAAGAUCUUGGUUGUUUGAUGGUAUCAGUGACUACUGGUGAUUCAUCUAGGCUCAGAGUGAGAAAACAAGCAAAAAACUAAAGUUCUGAAUUGGGAUUGCUGUGGUGCCCGCAACUGCUGACUGCUAGUCACUGAGUGGGAGUGAUACUAGGCCAAUGCGCGGUGCGCACAUACUUGAAGGCUGUGUAGUUUACAGCAAUGUGUGCCCUAAAGUGCUCUACAAAGACUUCCUUCUAUGGUGAGAAUCACAAGCGAAGCCCUCUUGUGGAGAAAGUGGAA